AUGCAGAGAAAAAUUGCAGAUGAGCUAAAACUUGACCAUGAGACCAUAGCCUUGUUUGAGAAGCAGGAUGAGGAGGAUGACAUCAAUGGGGUGGACCAAGGCUCCAGGGAUGUGAUAUGGAAGGUUGCUGGGUCUCCCCGUUGGGUUUCUAUAACCUUGAUGUACAAGAAACUACAAGAGGAUACAAAAACUCUACUGACAAGGGCAUCAUCAAUCUUCAUACAAUUUCAAGGAACUAAUAGCUUAUGUGGAUUACCAAAUGGCUUGUUUGAAAGGUGCAGCAACCUUGCAGUGCUUACUCUGUCUUGUUGUGCCUUCAGUUUUACAUCACCACCUUUUCUCCAUUGCGGCAAGUUAAGAUUCCUUGGAUUAGACCACUGCACAGAUCUUGACAAUACCAAGCUUGAAGAACAAAGCUGCAGCACCAAGUGGACAUGUCUGAAUAGCCUGUAUGUUCUAGACCUACGUUACACAUGUUGGGAUGAGAUUUUAUCGGAGGAAAAGGUGGAUCUUAUGGAAAACAUCAUGGAGCUAAACAUAGAGGGAGUCAGGGGUUGGCGGUACACAAAUAAAUUACAGAAAAGACUGCCUUACCUUCAAAGGCUUCGAAUAAUCAAACCUCCACGUCAAGCUGAGAAGACAUCAAUGGACAUCAACGAGUCAUUUAGGGAGAAGUCAAAGUUAGAAAUACUUGAUUUGUCCGGUAACAGUGGCAUGGAAAACCUACCAACAAGCCUAUCAAUUGCAAACAAACUUGAGGUGCUUGUUCUUGAUGGUUGUUGUGGGCUAGAAAAUGUUGCGCUGACUAAUUCCUUGCUGAGGUCCUUUAGUUUUGAUGGCUAUGGAGCAGCAUCUCAAUGGACAUCAGCAGCUGAGCUACCUCGAGAAAGUUCUCGCCCACAGCGUCCGUCUUAUGAUGUGGAUAAGAAGGAUGUCAAAACCUCCAAGAUAUCCCUAGAAGGGUGCACACAGUUGGAAUUCUUUUUUGUACGGGGGCUGCCCAAUCUAGUGGAGCUAGACCUUUCAGGAUGCGCCAUCAAGGUACUUGACCUCAGAACUAUUGUGAUGGAUGUCCCAAAUCUCAAAAGACUCUUUCUGCUGGGUUGUGAGAAGCUUCGUUUAAUAAAGUGGGACUCAGAUGUGGAAACACUGAAGUUGGAGUUGCUCUGUAUAGACACACGACCCUGGCCCGAGACUGGGAGGGCACUUCGGCCAACAAUUGUGCAGGAUAAAAGAUUCGAGUUGCAAGUCCAUGUUAUUGCGGUGGACGCCAGGCUCGCUCGGUCCUUGUAUCCUCUGUUACGGAAUGCAAAUGCAAGAGACCGUAUUUGCUAUAUUAGUAUCAACAUCACCUCUUCAAGUGUCUCUGGUGGUGGUGGGGUUGCUCAACCUCAAGGAAAGGUUGGUGUAGCAGCACUCUAUGAUGAUAUCUGUAAUGAGGCUGGCUCGAUGUGGGACUUCCCACAACAGCCUCCAACAUCACAUUUGCACGCUCACAUCGAGAUUGGUGAUGGGAGCUGCAGUGUGGAGAGUGAAUUGCAAUCGUAUGAAGCUGGUGGUUUGGGUCUCCUAAUGGCCAUCGAGGCCGAAUCCUUGCAUGUGCAUGAUGUCUCGAUUAGAGGUCAUGCCAUUACCGUGUUUGCAGGUUGUGUGGAGCGCCUUAGGUGGUGCCGAGUGGAGAGGUGCCCCAACUUGGACACUGUCUUUCCUUCGAGUACCUAUUUCUAUUAUAUGGGAGGCCCUUGUCUGGAAACCAUCUGGGCAUCAGAUCUCUUGAUGGCCCGUUGCAUUUGGGCCAGAGUUUUUGGUCAGGAUUACAACUUCAAAAAUCUGGAACACCUGCACCUCCACUCAUGCCCAAGCUUAGGGUACGCGCUUCCGGUGUGUUGGGGCGACUCGUUCCUCCGCUUGAAGACCCUCUACAUCAUCAGUUGCAGUGGCCUCGUGCACAUAUUUGUGCAAACCAAAAAGAAGCAUCCUCCAAGCAGUGUCCAGUUCCCAAAGCUGACCACGAUCCACCUGCACGACCUGCCGUCGCUACAGCAGAUAUGCGAGGACGCCGAGACACAGGCGCCCGCACUGGAGAAGACCAGAAUCAGGGGAUGCUGGAGCUUGCGCCGGCUGCCGGCCUUGAAGGGCCGCGAGCCGGGCAUGAGGAGGCCGACGGUGGAGAUAGAGAAGGACGUGUGGGACGCUCUCGAGUGGGGCGGGGUGGAGUCAGGGCACCACCCUUCCCUCUACGAGGCGCCCGUGCAGUCGCGGUACCACAAGAGGCCCAUGCCGAGGGGCACCGUUCUCAGGUGA